AUGGCAACAGCAAUGGUAGACACAGCCAGCACAGCAGGAGCCCCGAAAGAGAGCGCCCUACGAGUGGUCAUCAUUACACCUUGAGAGGACAGGAGCCUGACACUCCUCUCCUAGCCUUGAAAGAGCCGCGUGGUCAAAGCAGCAAGGGUGCACAAAUCUCUGGAAAAGGCAAGGCAAAAAAGCCAAGUGCACCAGUACCCGGAAAAGACAAGGCAAAGAAGCCGAACCCGUCGAAGAGCGAGAAAGAGCACUGCAUGAUCGCCAUUACUGGUAUCGUAUCGCAGACGCUUUGGCGGCAGCUAAGCAAUUCUUUGAAAGGCACCCUGCGAAUUAAAGGCAACAAAGUUGAUGGCCUUGCUCGAAUUUUCGUUUCGGACCCUGCCCUGCGUAGAGAGCUCAGACGAGAGCAGGUCGACGGAAAUCCGGAGGAUCAGAGGGAGAAUGCGCGCAAGUACCACUGGAUGAGGCAAGUGCAAUGUGCUGCUUGGCACACCACGAACGCUUAUCACUUGCGCGAAGAUGCUCCACCAGACCUUUUGCGCUCCACAUUGGAGCUCUGCGAAAUGGCUCCCGAGGAUCGAGAAGCAAAUGUAUGCGAAAGAGAGUGGAAAGCAGGCGAAAGGGAAGAGAUGGUCAGCUUGAAAGAAGGUGCACUGGAAAGCAGAGAGAAGCGUUUAGAAGAGAGGGAAGCUGCGCUCUCUAAACGGGAAGCGGACAUCAAGCGUCGAGAAGGCGCUCUCGUGGUAUCGGAGUCUGUGCUGCAGAUGAAGGCGAAGUCGGUGGACCAAGGCAGACCUGCAGUAGCCCUGAGAGUCGGCCCGCUCAGCACAGCUGCCAAUCCUCCUACCGCGCCAAGAUCCAUGCACCAAGCUUCUCAAUCAUCAACACACGCGUCAAUCUCCUUGUCAAAUCGCCCACAAUCGCUCGGCAAUGAAGCAGGCCCCUCCCGUAGCACAGCACCAAUCCCAACUCAGACCGAAGACGUAGAGCCAGUCUUUAGGACCUCGCUUUCGCCUAGAGACACCAAGCCUAGCGCUCUUGAUCCUUCGACGCAUGCAUCAGCUUCUUCUCAACUUCCAGGCACAAACGGUAGGGACCGAGCGGUGAGCAUCUCGUCAGACUCAUCGGUCACCACUUCGUCUUUCUCGGAGAGCACCACGUCAUCCGAGUCGGAAAUAUCGGCUGGACCGGUCAAUCCUGCGAUCGCCUCUCUGCAGCGAGAUUCGAAUCUUGCAAGAUCAGGCACGAGCUCGUCGAGAUCAUCAGUGGGAGCUUCGUCGACGGACACGUUAGAAAGACUAGAGCUGCGAGAGCGCAACCGACUCGCAGCCAAGCAGAAGGCUGCGACGCUGACUCGAACUGAGCUCAGGCAAGCGGACAGGCUUGAGAGGCAGGUCGCACGGCACAGAGCCAGGCGAGCUACGGAGAGGGAGCAGCACCGAGCAGAAGCGGCCGCUGGUGCUCUUCCAUCACAAGCGCUGGGCUCAAGCAGCUCUGCUACGUCGUCCAAGAACAAGAAGAAGGCUUCAAAAUCGGCUACUCCGCACCCCAAGACAUCGUCGAGCGUCAAGGGCAAAGAAUCGGCUGGCAGGGGAAGCCAGAGUGGAAGGAGCGAAGACGAUUCAGAACCUCGCUUCUCCGAAUGGGAACGUGACCUCUCUUCCGGUUCGGACGAGGGCUCUGAUGAAGAUCAGAGUGGUCGACGGGAUUUGAGGAAAAUGUUCGAGGAAUUCUAUGCGUUCUAUAAGCGGAAGGAUGACGGCAAGAGGAAGGAGAAAGCAAAGAAGAAAAGAUCGGCCGCGAGUGAGACGGAGGAACGACUGAGCAAACGAGAGAAGAAGCGAAAGCGAGCUCGAGAAGCCGAAAGUGAGAAAGAGAGCGCGAACGAUAUAACAGAUGGGGGGAGCAAUAGAGCUGCAGAGCGUUCUGAAAGCUUGCGAAGAGCUCCUCCGCUCGGCAGAAAUCCUGUUGCGCACAGAUCAGGUCAUAGCGCGACAGGUCAGACCUCUGCCUCGCCCUUUGCGUCCACUGCUGCCCAAGCUUCAACAUCGUCAGCUCCUUUCCGCCAGCCGCCUGUUUAUCACACUGCGCGUCCACCUUCGGGCCCGACAGCUGGGUCUUUCUGGAGCGAACACGAGGUGAGCAGCGUGCUAUACGAAGUUGUUUGUGUGAGCUCGUCGAAGCUAAUCGACAGGAUGAUUUUCGCACAUUUCCCGCGUUGCAGACCAGAGCGUUGGAAGAUGCGUGCAGGAGACACUACUCUGAAAAUAGGUUUCUGAGACAGGGCCGCAUCUACCGCACAUUUGUGGGCCUCACUGGAAGCACUCGAACGUUAGCUGCUGUUCUUCAAAAAGCCUCGGCGUUGGGUCUCUUGUCGCGCGACUAG